AUGGAUCUCGUGUUCGGUGGGGCACCACCACUCUACCGACCGCCCCAAACAUUGGACGGCAGUGCAGAGAUUCUGCAUAUGCUGGAGAAGCGUGUGGACAAUCUAUACAUCGAUUCAGAGGCUGAAUUCGGAUGGGGCCUUCCAUGUAUGGUCACUUCCAAAAUGAAUGUCAACUGCAACACGCAAUACGGCAAAGUUAUCGAGAUCGAGACUGUCACUCCAGUCUCGUGCUCGAUACAGGAGGCAUCUGCGCUUUUGUGGAAGGACCUCAAGACUAUACACGAAAUCCCUGACAAGCGCUAUCGCUACCUACGCGGAAGCAAGCCCAAUUCGCUGGAAAAGAACUUUGUCAUGAAGCUGCGCGGGCAGCACCAUGACAUUGAGAUCAACGGAACUCACUUUUCUCGCAAGUUUGAAGAGGCUCGACGGCUUGAAUUCCGAUCACCAUCCUGGACCACAAUUACAGCUUCGGAAUCCGACCCGCAGCACGCGUCAGUUGUGCGGAGCUAUUUGCGCAUCUAUGCAGAAGUUCAACCCAAUCUGGCAGCCCGUCCAGAAGACGUCGAGAGCGCGCGAGACUUCAUUCUCAACGGCCUCAGCAAGAUGAUGUACGGUUGUGCACAGAAGACUCAAGGCGAGCUUAUCCAGCAUACGCUGGUCAUUUAA